CUAACACUUCAGACUGGGAGUAACUCAAGUUUGAACUGUCACUGUUCAUGAGGCUUUGCAUACGUGGUAGGACCACCAAUGGAGUUUGCCUGUGGGUUUGUUUAUGUCCCUUCAUCAACCUAUCAGAGGGAAGUCCACACGAAACCACAAAUUGCAGUUAAACGUUCAGCUCUCCUUCCUCCCCCAAAGAGAAUCCGUCCCCGCAGUCCUCCCCCUCCUCCUCCAGCACAACUACAAAAACAACAACACCACUCUCCAGAACAGAGAAUCACUGAGAAAUGUUUUAAAAAUGCUCUGCUCCCCCCAUUCAUGCGAUCUCAAUCGCCUGCUUGCGUCCAGCCAAUCCCAGGCCCACCUUCCCUUCUCCCUUCCAAUAGCCAGAGGCUGACCUAUGACCUUCCAAAGAAGGAACCAGACAUUGGGAGUCAUCCAUGGGAUCCAGACUACUCAUACAAUAUCACAGAAGGCAGUGGGGAAGAGAUGAAGCAUCCAAACACCACCGGCAGCAGUGGAUCUGCACAGAAGUCAGCUCCAGCCUUGCCACCAAGACCUUCCUUUAUGAAGUCCUGUCCAGAAUACCUAGUUCUGUUGCCUGAUUCUUUCUCCUCCUCAAAGUCCUCCUCUUCAUCCUCCAGAUCAAGGGAACCAUUGGUGGGGAAUCCAAAUGUUAUCCUAGUCAGUUUGGGGGAGCUGAUAUCAGAGGAAAACGUGUUCCCCAUAGAGGGAGAGCCCACCUGCUGCUCCCAGUGUGGCUCUGUGCUGGACUCCUUCUAUGACAAUGUGGUGAAUGUCUGUUAUUUUUGCCAGUCAUCAUUGGAACCACCUACCUCCUCAUCUGCCACCUGUCUCGGUUGCCGGGACAGUGUCUUCCUGUUGACCCCUGGUGACAAGGCCCUGGCCCUUACAGACACCCUGCUCCUGUUCUGUAUCGACAUCUCAGCGUCCAUGAGUAUCACCUCCCAGGUGUUGGAAGGAAAACAGCCAAUCUACAGGUCACGUCUUCAGUUUGUUCAGGAAGCAGUGUUACAGAGUGUUCGGAAGCUGAGCGAAACACAACCACACAUGCGAGUAGGACUCAUCACGUUCAACAAUCAGGUGACUCUGCAUGGAUAUGACGACUUCACCUCACGUUUUUUGCGGGGUGCGGAGUUGAUUGACAGUGAAUACCUUAAGGAAGCAGCGUUCGGCUUCCCCAGCCCACAACCCCUCUCCAGGACCAGGGACUGUCUACAGAGAGAGAUUCUAGGAUUGUCUGAGAGUGGUGCCACGGCUUUAGGUCCUGCUUCUCUUGUAGCCAUAGCGAUGGCUUCUCGGCAACCAGGGUCAAAGGUGAUCAUCUGCACAGAUGGAAAGGCCAACACAGACCUGGGGAAUCUGGAGGUGGAGGGCAUUGAUGCUCGACCUUGCCUCUCCUCCACUAUCUUCUACCACGACCUGGGGGAGUACGCUGCUAGCCAGGGGGUGACGGUGUCAGUGUUGGCUAUCGAGGGGACAGACUGCAGACUUGAUGAGCUGGGGAGACUAGCAGACUGCACAAGUGGAAAGGUGGUGAUAGCAAGUCCACAUGAACUAUACACUGAAUUUGAGGAGAUUAUUGAGAACAGGACGAUAGCGACACACUGUAGUGUCACUUUGCUGCUCCCCACAACACUGUGUGUGAAAGGAGAGAGGGAGGCUGGGAACAGGGUGACCAGAGAGGUGGGCAAUGUGGCAUCAGACACAGAAAUCACCUUUCAAUUUGGAGCGAGGGAACACGGCUCACAGGGAGAGGUGUCAGCCCCAGUGGCAGGUGGCCGUGUGUCUGUUCAGCUGCAGCUGAGAUACAGACGGAAGGAUGGACACAGUAUGCUCAGAGUGCUGACGGCUGAUAAAGAGGUGACGGAUGACAGCUCAGUGGUCCUCUCCUCUCUAUUUCUAGCUAUAAUUCAGCUCAACUCAUCCCAGGCCAGCGCCGCUCUAGCUGUCAGGGGCCGCUUCCAAGACGCAAAGAGUGAGGGGGAGACACAGAGGGAACUGAUGGAGAGAGCCCUAGAGUAUGAUAGAAGUGCAGAAGACAAACUGAUUUAUUCAAAAUGGCUUAAAACCAUGGACCCUAUACACAACAGCCUACAAAACUACACAAGGAGACAAUCCAUACGUUCUGAUACACUGCAGUCUCUAACAGACAUGGGUGCUGCACUGUUGUACAGCAUGAAGAACAGCAACAGGUCUAUUUCACUGAAGGAAAAGCACCAACACUGAUUGGUGGCUACUGUCUAUGCCUGAUAUCCUUGGAAGUUAUUCAAGUCCUACCGACUUCUGAGGAAUGUUCUUAUCGAUGCACACUGUCAGAACGUCAUGUCAGAACUGCGAUGGCACAUAGCAAGUGAAAUGGGUUUGUACCUGCAGUGCCUUCAGAAUGUAGUCAUACCCCUUGACUUAUUCCACAAUUUGUUGUGUUACAGGCUGCACUCAAAAUGUAUUCAUCUACACACAAUACCCCAUAAUGACAAACUGAAAACAUGUUCUUAGAAAAUGUUGCAGAUGUCUUGAAAUUGAAAUAAAUAAAUAUCUAAUUUACAUAAGUAUUCACACCCCUGAGUCAAUACUUUGUGGAAGCCCCUUUGGCAGCAAUUACAGCUGUGAGUCUUUCUGGGUAAGUCUCUUAAGAGCUUUCCAUACGUGGAUUGCGCAACAUUUGCCCACUAUUCUUUUCAAAAUUAUUCAAGCUCUGUCAAAUUGGUUGUUGAUAAUUGCUAGACAACCAUUUUCAGGUCUUGUCAUAGAUUUUCAAGUAGAUUUAAGUCAACUGUCACUCGGCCACUCAGGAACAUUCACUUUCUUCUUGGUAAACAUUUCCAGUGUAGAUUUGGUGUUGUUACAGGUUAUUGUCCGGCUGUCCUUGUUCCGUUCAUCUUUCCAUCAAGCCUGACCAGUCUUCCAGUUCCUGCCCCUGAAAAACAUCCCCACAGCAUGAUGCUGCCACCACCAUUCUUGACCGUAGGGAUGGUGGCAGGUUUCCUCCACGCGUAACAAUUGGCACUUAGGCGAAAGUGUUCAAUCAUGGUUUCAUCAAGACCAGAGAAUCUUGUUUCUCAUGGUCAGAGAGACAUUUAGGUGCCUUUUGGCAAACUCUAAGCGGGCUGUCAUCUGCCUUUUUUCCAGAGGAGUGGUUUCCGUCUGGCCACUCUACCAUAAAGGUCUGAUUGGUGGAGUGCUGCAGAGAUGGUUGUCCUUCUGGAAAGUUCUCCCAUCUCCACAAAGGAACUCUGGAGCUCUGUCAGAGUGACUCUCAGGUUCUUGAUCACCUUCCUGACCAAGGCCCUUCUCCCACAAACUUCUUCCAUUUAAGAAUGAUGGAGGCCACUGUGUUCUUGGGGACCUUCAAUGCUAGAGAAAUGUUUUGGUACCCUUCCCCAGAUCUGUGCCUCGACACAAUCUUGUCUCGGGGAGCUCUACGGACAAUUCCUUUGACCUUAUGGCUUGUUUUUUGCUCUGACAUGCACUGUCAACUGUGAGACCUUGUAUAGACAGGUGUGUGCCUUUCCAAAUCAUGUUCAAUCAAUUGAAUUUACCACAGGUGGACUCCAAGUUGUAGAAACAUCUCAAGAUGAUUAAUGGAAACAGGAUGCACCUGAGUUCAAUGUUGAGUGGGUCUAAAUACUUAUGUAAAUAAGGUAUUUCUGUUUUUAAAAAUUUAAAUUUUUCUAAAUAUUCAAAAAGCCUGUUUUCGCUUUGUCAUUAUGGGGUAUUGUGUGUAUAUUGAUGAGAAAAUGUUUUGUUUAAUCAAUUUCAGAAUAAAGUUGUAAGGUAACAAAAUGUAGAGAAAAUUUAAGGGGUCUGAAUACGAAUGCACUAAAAGUGAAUUGCUUUGCCAAUUUCUUUUGCAGUAUUACGUUAGUGCCUUGUUGCAAACAGGAUUUUUAUUUUAUUUUUUAUAUUUUUACCUUUAUUUAACUAGGCAAGUCAGUUAAGAACAAAUUCUUAUUUUCAAUGACGGCCUAGGAACAGUGGGUUAACUGCCUGUUCAGGGGCAGAACGACAGAUUUGUACCUUGUCAGCUUGGGGGUAUGAACUUGCAACCUUCCGGUUACUAGGCCUACGCUCUAACCACUAGGCUACCCUGCCGCCCCGUGGAUGCAUGUUUUUGAAAAUUUGUACUCUGUACAGGCUUCCUUCCUCCUUCCUUAUUUUCCCUCUGUCAAUUAGGGUAGUAUUGUGGAGUAACUACAAUGUUGUUGAUCCAUCCUGUUUUCUCCUAUCCCAGCCAUUCAACUCUGUAACUGUUUGAAAGUCACCUUUGGCCUCAUGGUGAAAACCCUGAGCGGUUUCCUUCUUCUCCGGCAACUGAGUUAGGAAGAAUGCCUGUAUCUUUGUAGUGACUGGGUGUAUUGACACCAUCCAAAGUGUAAUUAACUUUAUGCUCAAAGAGAUAGUCAAUGUCUGCUUUUUUUAAAAUUUUGACCCAUCUACCAAUAGGUGCCCAUUUUUGCGAGGCACUGGAAAAGCACUGGUCUUUGUGUUUGAAAUUCACUGCUCGACUGAGGGAUAUUACAGAUAAUUUAAUGUGUGGUGUACAGAGAUGAGGUAGUCAUUGAAAAACCAUGUUAAACACUAUUAUUGCACACAGAGUGAGUCCAUGCAAGUUAUGUGACUUGCCAAUCAACAUUUUACACCUGUACAUAUUUAGACUUGCCCUAACAAGGGGGUUGAACACUUAUUGACUCAAGACAUUUCAUCUUUAAAUGUUUUAUUAAUUUGUCAAAUGUUAAAAACAUAAUUCCACUUUGAUAUUAUGAGGUAUUUUGUUUAGGCCAGUGACAAAAACAAUCUACAUUUAAUUCAUUUUAAAUUCAAGCUGUAACACAACAAAAUGUGGAAAAAGUCAAGUGGUGUGAAUACUUUCUGAAGGCGCUGUAUCACUCCCUCUCUAGCUUAGCAUCACCCUGACCAGAAAGCACUAGAAAUGCCUGACUCAGACACACCAUCAGAUAGGUGUUUCUACACCCAUAAACAUAGGUUGAACAGUAAAAACUGCUGCCAAGAAUGAGAAUGUAGGAAACUUGGACAGAUUAUUUAGCAUUAUUAGCCUUUUAAGCUGGCACAGACAUGACACAUGAUUUUUUUUUUUUAAA